AUGGCUUUGAUUAACAAAAAUAUCAUCUUAAUACUUGUAAUAAUUUCUGAAGUGAUACCGAUUCAAAUUGAUAGACAUGACGGAGAAAUAGUAGACGACACAACACCGAAAUCACAGUUGAAUAAGUGUUUAAAUGUUAAAAGAGGUGCAGAAGUAGGAGUGUGUUUUGGUGAAGAAUUAUUAGCUAAUUUAAAUCAUUACGAUGAAACGGAAUCAUUCAGUUUGGCUACUGGCGUCUCUUUCUUACGAGAUGAGAAGACACCAAGAGGUUUGGGAAACUUCUUGGAUAAGGAUCCUAUGGAUUACAGAUCGAUAUUAGAAGACGCGAGCGAGUUAAUUUCAAAGAGAUCGUUACAUUGGGACAUGAGUGGACUUUGCCCAGGUCUUGCAAUGAGAAUUGGUCCUACUUUAUCUAAUGGAGUACUCGAAUUUGUAUUAGAUUCAAGGAUUAAAGAUAGAGGUUAUCAACAAAAUCAUGGUGAAUUAACGACAGGUCGUCUACUGAUACGGAAUCUAUUAGUCCCAUUUCUUCUCGGUCUCAAAUUUCAUAUCGCAACGUUAUUGCCAUUAUUACUUGGUUUAGUACUAUUAGCCAGUAAAAAGGCUUUUCUUGUAGCCAAAGUAGCUCUUGCUGCAGCAACUUUGUUCUCUGUGAAUGGUUACGGAGGACAAUAUUUCUCCGGAUUUGGUCCAACACCGCCACCCACGUUUACAUCGACGGAGGAUUUCGGACAUUACCACUCUUAUCCUGGAGGUUAUUACCAUAGAAGACAGUAUAAGGAGAAAUCAGCAGAACAAACGACAGCAUCACCGAUAACUCCAGACGAAUUAAGAGAUAGAUUAGAACGUUUGUUUACCUCUAAGAAAAAUAUUGACGAAACAAGAGAGGAGACGAAAGUUCGGAAUGCAAGAAAUUAUGCUUGGACGCCGAUUACUAUUCGACAUAAUUAA